ACCCGUCAAAUUCCUUUUGAUUUUUAUUUCCGUCCUCCAGCCGACAAACGGCCGAAUUUCGACACAUUUCACCCUCGAGUACCGAAAGGAGAAGAAAAAGUUCAAAUUUGAGUUCGGGACUCGAGAUUGAGGUGGCAAAAUCGGGGCGGUUUCGUCGGCAGGGCGUGCCGGUGUGUUGGCAGCUAAUUAUUAUCUCAAGUGAAUACACCCGACGGACCGUUCAUCUUCAUUUUCCUGUUGGAGAAAAAGGCGAAUUUGACACGGGCGCACGAGGUGAGAGGGGUGCGGUGCGGCGUAUUGAAGGCCAGAGAGCGGUUGAAAGCUGGUCCAGAUAAGCGCAGCCAUAACAAGGAGCAGCAAUCAUGGCGGCAAUCCGUAAGAAGCUGGUCAUAGUCGGCGACGGUGCGUGCGGAAAGACCUGCUUGUUGAUCGUCUUCAGCAAGGACCAGUUCCCCGAGGUGUACGUGCCGACCGUCUUCGAGAACUACGUGGCCGACAUCGAGGUGGACGGCAAGCAGGUCGAGUUGGCCCUGUGGGACACGGCCGGCCAGGAGGACUACGACAGACUGCGGCCACUCUCGUAUCCGGACACGGACGUCAUCCUCAUGUGUUUCUCGAUCGACUCCCCGGACUCGCUCGAGAACAUCCCGGAAAAGUGGACUCCGGAGGUGAAGCACUUCUGUCCGAACGUGCCCAUCAUUCUCGUGGGCAACAAGAAGGACCUGCGCAACGACCCCAACACCAUCAAGGAGCUGGCCAAGAUGAAGCAGGAGCCGGUCAAGCCCGAGGAGGGCCGCGUCAUGGCCGAGAAAAUUAACGCGUUCGACUACCUCGAGUGCUCGGCCAAGAGCAAGGAGGGCGUGCGGGAGGUGUUCGAGACGGCCACCAGGGCCGCCUUGCAAGUCAAGAAGAAGAAGAAGAGCAAGUGCUGUCUGCUGUAAACCCUUCCUUCUCUUGUCGUCUCUUUAAUACUGCUGCAACAAAAUAAAUCAAUAACAAAUAAUUGAAAACGUACUAAACAAACAAAAAAAAUCCACACUGACAAACACACAAAAAUUCGGUUUUCCUGGAGGGUCGAUUCCGGGACGCCAAAAGAUCAGUCGAUCGGCUGGACGAGCCUCUUGGAAUUGCCCUCCAGUUUGGUCAAGCCUCUUGUUCCUUGCUAAUUUGCGUGGGUGCAGCCACGACGAGGUCCGAAGCUUUUCUUCAACCGCCAGCCCGGAUCUGGUGCUUGAACGAAAAGGAAACUCUUGGUAAUUUUAUGUGCUCGAGUAAGAUUCGCAUAAGGUUUCUAUCAACCGAAGUUUUUGAAUAUCGCUGUUGUUGUACUAUGAUUAGAGCAAUAUGCAGUUGUAAUUAUUUUUCUAUUUUUGCCAAGAUGGAAUGAAUCAAUCUUGUACUUCCUCUCGAAACACACACAUACAGCAAGGAUCAGUGGAAUUAUAGUCGACUUCUACUAACACACACACUGCUAUUUCAAUAAUGAUAAUGAUUAUUAUUAUAAUACUAUAUCGAGGUUAAUUUUUAAUGUAACCGAAUGAGCUGCUCGCCCAUUUGUGUUUCCGACUCUAUCCAGUGAAUGUUUAUGGAAUCCUGUAGCGUCUGUCUCUUUUAAUGCCACGCCUGAAAGGGUCGAAAUGCUUUGAUGAUUGUAGUUGUAAGGAAUAUUAUUAUUUAUCUUCUCUAGCUUUAGGCUUUGCAUUACUGCUGAAAAUUAUUGAGAAAAAAAAACACGUUGAGAAAAUCCACUAAAAAAAUCUUCCAGACCUAUAUAAGAGCUGAAUUUUCGGAGCAAGCGAUGUUUAUUAUUUUUGAAAAUUCAUUUCGUGCACAAAGAGAAAUAUGUAUUUCAUUGUUCCAGAAAAAAAGAUGAAACUUUAAAAAGAUGUUGUCCGCUAACACAAAAUUAAUUGAAUUUCCUUUGAUUUCUGUUUAAUUGUUCGUCUCUGUUCAAAAUUGGUUGUACCGUCACAUGCACUGCCACAAAUGUUUUAGUUCUCCCUGUUUUUUAAUCUUUGGUUGGCACUAACAGGAAAAAAGCGAAAUUGAUUCAAACUCGUUUAGUUUUGUGUUUCUAAUUUAGCUGAGCAAAAUGAAUGAGGAAAUACCUUAAAAUAUCUCUGAUGAUUUAAAGCUAUUUUAUAAUAAGUAAAUACAUAUUUUGUAAUGUGUUAUGAAAAUAUAAAAUGUUUUCAAAGA